AUGAAUUUGCUCUCUCAUCGAGGUCCUGAAGGCAGGUACGACUUUGAGAGCUUGAUUUCAAGAGACAACCCUGCCUUCGCUAAAUUCAACCCACAGGCUUGUCCGCCAGCCGAUCACGCCCCGCUGGCACCCUUACGCGAUGAGGUGCCGGUAAUAGACCCUUGCUCAGGCCACCUGAGCAUUGGAGCAGAGUUGGAUUUGGGAAUCAAGGGACGACACAAAUUCAUUGACAGAUUUUACGCCCCGUCGGACCUCUGGGUACCAGCAGGCUUCAGAGACAGGCCACAGACGCCACCGGUCAGACCCUCAGCUGUGACAAGUGACUUAGCAGAGCACAAGAAAUGGAAUUCGAAAGAACUCUCUGAUACAGCGCUUCGAGCGCAUCUUGGAGGUUGGACGAGCGCGAAGAAAGUGACGCCAGCUUCUCCAAAAAUUCCAGGCACCCUUAAAUUCUACAGUUUUUUUCCUGACAGAAACGUCUCACUGUCGGGCGCACGGUCUGCUAUUCCCACUGAUUGGAUAAAAAAAGCAACAUGCCGCUAUAUCUAUACUUCCACAGCUCAAAGAAGUUAUGAAGAUGUAUCCUGGGACUCCAAGCUGCCAGAGAGAAUCAAACCUCCAGAAACCACUCUGGAGAAAAUGGCUGAUCCUGUGAAUCAGCGAUUCACCUUGCGCAGAUACCAUCCUAGAACCGCCGUGUGGCAGACUGUCGGGACACACUGGAACAGACAACAGCUACGCGCCAAACAUGAAGUGAGGAAACCUAUCACUUUCACCAGUCCUUGCACAAGAUCAGGCCAAAUACCUUCAUACUGUGGUGUUGUCGGCUCUGAAAACAUGGACAGCAUAGACAGACCAGAGCAAGAGUUCACUCCGCUCACUGUGCUGCGUUCCACCGUGCCCCCUUAUACCCCCACGGCCCACCGCUCCACCAUUCCUGGUUACGCCGGUAAAGCUCCGUAUGACAGACCAUACUCUUUUGACUCCAAUUUGCCUGGCCUUCCCUGUUCUCCCCAAACUACACAACAAAGUCAGAGUGUGUGGAGUUCUUCAGCCUAUGGUCGCAUGGCUCCACUUUCCAGAAUGGUCACCACAGUGCUUCCGUACAACCCCUACCUUCUCCCCAAAGUUCAGCCUCACACCCCACACUCCAGAGACCGUGUCUCCUCAAGAUCUACCACACAGAGAGCACAUUAA